AUGCUCCUCGCAGGCUACGAGUCCUCAGACGACGAGUCCGCACCGGGACCAUCCAAGAUCCAGUCCCAUCCCGCCAACAAUGCGGCCGAUAUCCAAGACGACGACGAGGACGACGAGCAGCUCGAGCAGCAGGCCAAGACGGACGCGUUUGGUCUCGCCUCUGCGGGACCUACCAAAGUCGCCAAGGUCGACACCAAGGUCGACGUGUCGGCUGCUCCCGAUGUGUUGAAAGAGGACCCCAACGUCAUUUCUAACGCGAUCAUUACACGGUCAACCGACAAGGUCAUCAAUGUCAACGUCACGUACGAAGACAUGACGCGCCCUGAGCAGGGACCUAUGGACCCGUUCAACCAGCAAAAGAACAAGGGCAUGAACUCGUUGGCAGGCCAUGUCGAGGAGCAAGUGAUGGACAGCUACGAGUUUUCAAGGCAACACAAGACGUUCAACAUUCACGGCUAUGCGUACGACCCAUCUCUCAACGGUGGCGGCAUUGUGGGCUCGGCGGACGCGGCGGCGGCCAAUGGCUACCAGUUGAUCGACACUGUGCGGUCAACAAAAGCGCAGAGGAAGGCAGAGAAGCGCAAGCGCGAGUCCAAGGGUGACCUGUCAAUUGUGGACGGCGAGGGCGCGUACAAGGGUCCCUGGGCCGAGUACGAGGGCUCGCGAGCCGUUCAGGAAGAGGUGGAGGAGGACGCCGAGGAGUGGCGCGAGGAGAAGAGGCGCCGCGAGGAGGCCUCUGCCGCUGCCAAGGCCAAGAUGGAGGUUGCUGCCGAAGAGAAGAGCAUCUUCCACGGCAAGGAGCUCACCGACUAUGCCGGCAGGACAUAUAUGCACAUUCCCACCGACACGGACGUCAAGCUCAACCCCUCGGACGGCGCUGCGCCACCCAACACGUACGUGCCCGACGGCAAGUGCAUCCACACCUGGACUGGCCACAACAAGGGCGUGUCGGCUAUCCGCCUGUUCCCCAGGAGUGGCCACCUGCUUCUCAGUGGAAGUAUGGACACCAAGAUCAAGCUCUGGGACGUGUACAACGAGGGCAACUGUCUGCGUACGUUCAUGGGCCACUCGCAGGCUGUCAAGGAUGUCAACUUCAACAACAAGGGCUCCAAGUUCCUCUCUGCGUCAUACGACCGUACCGUCAAGCUGUGGGACACGGAGACGGGCAAGUGUAUCCAGGCGUUCUCGAACGGCAAGAUGGCCAAUGUUGUCAAGUUCCACCCGGAUAGCGACAAGCAGCACAUCUUCAUGGCUGGUAUGCAGGACAAGAAGAUUAUCCAGUACGACCUGCGUGCGCAUGAGAUUAUCCAAACGUACGACCAGCACCUGGGUCCCGUCAACACCAUUACCUUUGUGGACAACAACCGCCGUUUCCUGACGACCUCGGACGACAAGACCAUUCGCGGAUGGGACUAUGACAUUCCCGUGGUCAUCAAAUACAUUGCCGAGCCGUACAUGCACUCGAUGCCCUCGGUCGCCAAGCACCCGAGCGGCAAGUAUGUCGCUGCCCAGUCUCUCGACAACCAGAUUCUGGUGUACUCGGCAGACGGCAAUUUCAGGCAAAACAAGAAGAAGCGUUUCGCAGGCCACACGGUGGCUGGUUAUGCGUGCGCAAUCAACUUUUCGCCCGACGGCAAGUACAUUUCGUCUGGUACCGGUGGUGGCGACGUCGUGUUCUGGGACUGGAAGACUGGCAAGAUUAUGAAGCGGCUGCACGCGCACCAGCAGGUGGUGAUUGACCACUGCUGGCUGCCAAACGAACAUUCCAAGGUGAUCACCGCAUCGUGGGAUGGUCUUAUCAAGUUGUGGGCCUAG